AUGCUAGCCAUCUGGUCCCGGGCAAUAUCUAACCCGGGUACCUGCAGAUGCAUAUCAUGUGUAUCCAGUUCUUCCGCGCUCGUCAGACGAGGUGGUCGCACCAAGCUUCGCGGGACAUGGCCACUCGGCGCACCCACUUCGACCUUUGUGUACACGGCCAUAUUCGCUGUAGGGCUAUCCGUUGAUGCAAAAUCAAAGGCCAUUAGGAACAAACAAUGGGAAGAAGCAUUUGCGCGUCUAAACAAUGCUAGAGACAAUUGUGUCCCGGCCAAGAAACCGGAAGAGGUCAAUGGUGGUUACAACCCUGAUAUAAGACAGGGCCUAUCAUUCGAAGACCUUCCCGAAGACUUCGAUUGGGGAGCCUUCGAAAGAAUUGUAGGUAUGGAAUUGGUCGACGAUCAAGUGUUGCAAACGCAAGAGGUCCAGUCGCAACUCCGUGACUACGCGACAAUGGACUGGGAAGACCUACGCUACGAUUCAAGGUUCCCAGGCAUUCCCCCACUUGAAUGGCCAGCCAACACUGGACCCGAUUUGAUUCUUUACAACCUCCCGCCCCAGUCCUUGUGGGCUCCAGACACACAACGCCUCAAUGCAAUAAGGAGGCGACACACGUGGAAAAAGCUGGCCAUACAAGAACUUGCGACUUGUUUCUUGAUACAUGAGCUCUUGUACUUGGCCAAAGUUUCUCGCCAUGCAAAAUCUGCAAGGAGUGAACUCGAAAAACUGGCGCCGCAAAUUCUUGAAGUCAGUUCUCAAACCGAAGAUCAAUACAAGGAAGCGCGCUUCGAGAUACUGCAGGCCCUACGUGUUGUCAGCAACACCCCCGUGGAUAGCUCUCCUGAGAAGAUCGCUGAUGCCCGGAAAUAUGCGGGCCACCGGGCCAUACCACACUAUUAUCAGGAUGCUGAUGGCGACUUCUAUGCCAUCACAAAGCAGAUGAAUGAUGGCCUCAAGACAUUACUGCGGGACGUACCCCGUGGCAACGCGAAAGAAGAAUCCAUCAUGAUUGCAAAGAUCUGCCACAAUCUCCUCAUCUCGUCAGCCUCUCCCGAUCUACAGACGUUCAAUACGUUACUGGUUGGCUUCAGGCACUGGCGUCGCCGGGAACUGAUAGAUCGUGUCAUUGCUGCCUUCUACGUUAACAAGAUCCGACCCAACGAGAUUACAUGUCGCGAGAUACUCAACCACUAUGCCCAUGUUGUACGCCCUGAAUCCUUUUCGCGCUUCGUAGCUAGGAUGAGAGGCGUAGGUGAAACGCUCAUGCUCGCAAACCCGAACAUAUCGGUCAACGAAGCUAGUCAGGACCGACUAGUGCGAGCCAACAAUGAAAAGAUAUAUCAGAAGGUAUACCCAACGCCUAUGGUGUUUGACGCCCUGAUUCGCGGCGUCAUGAGAUUUGCAGGCUUCGAGCGAGCACUGGACAUCUACUACGAGAUGAAGGCAGACGGCUGGGGUCUCGAGGUUCAGAGUCUAACUAGGCUGUUGAAAGACUGUAUUCGCCGUGUUGAUUGGGAAGGUGGUCUAUACGUCUGGGAAGAAAUCAACAGCAUGGGGUCGAGAGCCAAAUAUCGCGACAUGGCCGACGCAUAUACUCACAUGCUUAGCUUAUGUUCAAUCAGCAACAAGACUGUUGCAUUCAAUCAGAUCCUGAGCGAUAUCGGCAGGCGAGGCUUCGAUGUCAAGUCUAUCAUCGACGCUGCUACGGAGCUUACACGAGUGCAAGAGAACAAAAAGGUCUACCUAGCUCCAGCUUGGGCCGCAGACAACAUGCUGAUCGCUGUAUCUGACUACAUCCACGAUGCUAAGCCAGAUGAGCCUGCCGUUGUAUCCGAGCUUCCAGAAGAUCCAGACACAAUGUUCUCGCAGCACCAUCCUGAUCCUAUCGACGAUAUUGAAAAUAGCACAUCCGACCACGUAAAGGACAACAAAGACGCAUGGGCAUCAUGGCUGGAACACGAGCUUGGAGGCAAGCCUAAAGACCCUAAACCCUGA